AACCCCCCAAGCUAAUGCUUACUAGUUAGGAAAUUUAGAGGAAGAGGUAGGGAAGACAUUACAAAAAUGGGAAAAGUUUAUUAACCCCUUUGAAAUCCAUCGUACCGCUGGCGCCACACUGCAUGUUUAUGGGUUAACUUUGUGACAUUAAAAAAACUCACGAAACAAAAAUCUAAACAUGUCACAUAUCUUUGGAAAGCUGAGAUUCUUGUGAUUCAAAUAAUGUAAACCAUUUAGGGGAACGAUCAACACAGAAGGUACAAUCAGUGUCUUUGUCAGACCACCAACAAUCAAAUAAACAACGACUAAACUGACGGAACUCACCUAUGAAGCCUCCCGAUUGCCCAAUGAUUCAUAAAAUUUCAACAAAAACGGUGUUGUUACACUGUAAAGGCUCCAGUCGAUCUAAUUCAAUGAAAUAUUUAGCCCAAAAAACAUUUAUAUAUCCAUAAACAUCCAUGGAAUGUGGUAGUGUCGUUUCAAGUUAGCCGAAAGAGCAAUCAAAUCUUCAAUGUUUUCUGCGGUGUAGCUUCUUUUCUAUUGUAAACAAUACGGAUUUGUUGAUGUCAAAAUGGCCGCUGACCCCUGCACUUUGAAUUGACACCUCAUUUUAACCAAUAGGUGAAUCUAAGGGGUGUCAUUAGGCAUCAAUAGCCAAGGAGCGACCUGGAUGACCAAUGACACCGCCCUCAAUUUGAUGGACAACAGAUCGAUCUAAUCGCAUCAGAAUUUGCACAUGACUGUCUUGUAUGAUAGCCAAUGAGCUUCUGAAAAGAUUAAUAUGCAGCUUUAGUGGGAAGAUUCAAUCUAUCAUGCAAAAAAGUCUGUGCGCAAAUUACUUUAGUGACACGUGCGCCCGUGCGUAAAGAGAGCGUUGUAGAGUUUACAAGUGAAAGUUAGCGUUGAGAGAUUAUACAGGUGAAAAAUGGCAAAAAGGAUGAUAAAAACAAAGUUUACACUUGACGAAGUUGUUGAAGAAUGUACUCGGCGUAACAGUGAUCAAUCAGAGGAUGACAUUUCAGACGAAGAGAGCGAUGUUUCAUCCAUUGACACGGUUGCAGAGGACCUGUUUUUGGAUGGCGGAGACGUCACUCUCGACAAACAAUCAAAUGAAACGGAUGAAGACUGGGAGCCAAGCAGCAAAAAGCCAUAUACCAACAGGCAAGAUGACAGCACCUCAUCGGAAGAUAAGCCCCAAACCUCACCUACCCAGAGAGAUUCUGCCAGCAAAAGACCAAGAGGCAAAGGACGGGCUAGAGGAAAUUUUUAUACAAGUCCCUCCCUUUUCUGUGAUCUCCUUCAAAAGAGGAUCUGGGCAUGCGGAACGAUACGCACAAACAGAAUUGGUUUUCCAAAAACCAAAAUAAACACUCUGGUUUCGAAAUCUUUGCGUGGGAGCAUACGGUGGAUCAGAAAGGACUCCCUCCUCUUUGUGCAAUGGCGAGACACAAGGGAUGUUUUUAUGUGCACAACACUCCACACAGCCCAUGGGGGGGACACUGUUCAGAGAAGAGUGAAAGAUGCAGAUGGGCACUGGGUUUUGAAGAACAUCUCUGUUCCACCAGCAGUGAAGGAGUACAACCGGUUCAUGGGUGGAGUGGAUCUUUCAGAUUCGCUGAUCAAUUAUUACAAAGUCAUCCACAAGACCCAGAGGUGGUAUAAGACAUUGUUUUAUCACUUUAUGGACAUUGCUAUUGUGAAUGCGUUCUUGCUUUACAAGGAUCUUACCAAAGGUAAAGGAGAGGUACCCAUGCACCAAAAGGCAUUCAGAGAGACACUUGUUGAGGAGCUGGCAGCAGCAGCAAAAAUUCCUGCUCCAUCGUCCACUCCACGCAGCAAACAUCACAAGCCUGUGCAUAUCACUGCACAUAGCACCAUGGGUCGUCUGAGGUGCAGACAGUGCCAAGCAAAGACACCAGUGAAGUGCUCCUCCUGUGACAUACCGUUGUGCUUUGUGCCAAAUCGUGAUUGUUACAAUGAGUGGCAUGAUGCCAAUAACUUGUAAAAUAUAAUUGUAAAAUGUGUAAAUAGUUAUGGUCUUACAUAUUGACUUAUAUAUGGUUUUAUAUAAGGUCUUCAUUGAUAGAUAGAUAUAUGUGGUCUUAUGUUAACUUUUAAUACCAUAGCACUUGUUUUGUAUCUGUACACACUAUAACUUGUUUAUGCUUCAGUUACUAUGUGUCAGCAAUUACUGACAGUGAAUCUGGAUGAGAGAUUGAAUAGCACUUAGUGUAACCUUUCACUGGUGCCCAAAAUUAUGACUGUACAAUAAAGCAUUCAAAAAUAGCAGCAUUUUAUGUGUUAACAUUCAAUGUGCUUAAAAGGGGUCAUUUGGAGUCACCAAAUGGCCUUUUUUGGGAAGCGCCUAGAUAUAAACUUAGAAAAUUAGUGUUUUUACAUACACUUAUCUAAGGUAUUGUUAUCAAAUUUGAAACUAAGCUUGCUAAGGCUUCGUUCUGUGAUCCCAAUGUGUCUUCAAGCUAAUACCUCCCAGUUGUAGUCAUCUGCAGGCAUUUUUUAACAAAAAAAAUUUAGGCGGAAUAUACUUAUUUCCCUUUUCAAUGUGUUCAAAGUUCUAUUACUCAAUACCAGUAAGACUUGCAGUGAUUCUGACUGUUAAUGAACAAACCUCAAAGUGUCUCCUUUCAAAAUAUGCACAAACCAUACAUGUACUCCAAAGGGUUAAAGAACAGAAUACAGUUUACUUUGGGCAUGCCUUUUUUAGGCGUUUUAGGUUAAUUUUACAGGAAUGCUAAGGGGUUAAGGAACAAAUCGAAGA